AUGACUAUUCGAAAAGCACCGGUCACGGCCAUGGCAUCUCAUCCAGCAACAAGCGGUUCUUGUGCACCUGACGCUGACAUGGAGACUAGUUCGUCAGCCAACAAGACGAUUCCCGACAUCUUGAUUAAGCCUUGGAAACUGCCGCCUCAGAAAACGUAUAUCCUCCAAAAUGCCAAUAUUGUUGACUCUGCCAGCGGUUCUAUACACCAAAAGCAGACAAUCAAGCUCGCUCAAGGUGUGAUUGCAGCAAUUGGCGAGGACAUCACGCGCUGUCCUGGGGACGUCGUUGUUGAUGUCUCGGGCAAAUACAUCUGCCCUGGGCUCAUCGACUGCCACGUUCACCUUACAUCGGUCGCCGGCGAUGCCAGCUUAAGCGGAGGCAUUUCAACCUCCGACCCGGCUAUAUCAUAUUUUCGUCAGCCGUUUCUCUGCAACCAAAUCCUCAGCCGGGGGUUUACUUCAGUCCGAGACACAGGCGGUGCGACUCUGGCGCUCAAGGAGGCCAUUGAGGAUGAUGUAUUUCCCGGUCCCAGGCUCUUCAUUUCGAACAAGGCUCUGUCACAAACUGGAGGCCACGGCGACAUGCGAGGAGUUCACGACAAGCAAAAAUGCUGCGGGGGAGAUAGCGCGCUGACAACAGUCGUUGACGGCGUGCCUGGCUGUAUUCGGGCCACGAGGGAGCAACUUCGCACCGGCGCCGACUUCAUCAAGAUCAUGGCAGGAGGUGGUGUUGCAUCGCCAACGGACAAGUUGGAGAAUACCCAAUUCACGGCAGCCGAGAUUCAGGCCAUUGCCGAGGUCGCCGACACCUACGGCACAUAUGUCACUGCUCACGCAUACACACCCAAGGCGAUCCGCCACGCCGUGGACAAUGGCGUCAAGGGAAUCGAGCACGGCAACUUCAUCGACGGCGAGACGGCGCGGUAUAUGGCCAACAAGGGCAUCUGGCUGACACCCACACUCGUCACCUACGACGCCAUGGGGUCAGACAAAUACGCCGGCUUCCUGCCUCCCGCGAACCGCGCCAAGAACAAGAUAGUCCUUAGCAAGGGCCUCGAGUCCCUGCGCAUCGCUGAAGAAGCGGGCGUCACCAUCUGCCACGGCUCAGACCUGCUCGGUCCGCUGCACGAGGAGCAGAGUAGGGAGUUUGGCAUCCGAGCGCAGGCGUUGAGCAGCAAGACUGUCUUGCAGGGUGCCACGGUCAACGCAGCGAAGCUCUUGCGGCAGGACAAGUUUCUGGGCCAGAUCAGGCAAGGGUUUGCGGCUGAUUUGCUCAUCUUGAACGGCAAUCCGCUCGACAAUGUGUCCAUUUUGGAUGAGCCGGAGAAGACGGUUUUGGCAGUCAUGAAGAAUGGACGAGUGUAUGCCAGCCGAUGGGGCAAGCUGCCCCAGGAUAUUGCCUCAACCCAGAAUUUGAUAGAGUAA